UCACAGUUCCCAACUCAUAAAAGUAGUUUCAAAUGAUUCAUUGCUAGCCGCCGCCACCACCACUAACCACCGUCUCUCUCCUCCACAAACGUUUUCAGGUUGCCGCAUAAUUAAAAAAGCAAAGGAAUUGAAUACUUUUUUUGGUUACCAAGAGUCAAAAUAAUGACAAUGAUGAUGUGCCCACAAGCUCAGGCAUCUUUUCUGCAAAUACCCACCGGAGGAAUGGACUUAUCGGCGCUCCGGUGCCGGCCACAGAAGGAAAAAGUGGUGGUGGUCAUGGGUGCCACCGGUACCGGAAAAUCAAGACUCUCGAUCGAUCUCGCCACCCGAUACCCAGCUGAGAUCAUAAACUCCGAUAAAAUGCAAGUCUACGAAAGUUUAGAUAUCGUCACAAAUAAAAUCACCGACGAAGAAUGCGACGGCGUCCCCCACCACCUCCUGGGAAUCGUCGAUCCCGAGGCGGAUUUCACCGCCGGAAACUUCGUCAGCACGGCGUCACUCACAAUGAAAUCGAUCGUCGGAAGAGGUAAGCUUCCGAUCAUCGCCGGAGGAUCGAAUUCUUUCAUCGAAGCAUUGAUUGAUGAUCAGAAUUACGAGUUCCAAUCACGGUACGAGGUUUGUUUCUUGUGGGUCGACGUCGCAAUGCYKGUGCUCCAYCGRUUCGUKUCSGAYCGKGUCGAYCGRAUGGUGGCCGCCGGRAURGUKGAAGAAGUYMGAAASAUGUAUAAMCCKRAYGCCGAYUACUCGAAAGGRAUYCGRCGAGCCAUCGGAGUGCCGGAAUUCGAUUCUUAUUUCCGCGCCGAAUAUUCAAAUUCCGGCGACAAAAGAACUCGCGCCAAAUUGUUGGAAGACGCCAUUAAUGAAACAAAGAUAAAUACGUGUAAACUCGCUUGCCGGCAAAUCGGAAAAAUUCACCGGUUACGGAAUGUUAAAGGGUGGAAAAUUCACCGGCUAGACGCCACCACCGUCUUCCAAAAAAGGGGCCGAGAAGCCGAUGAGACAUGGGCGGAGAUGGUGGCAGGACCAGGGUCGGUGAUCGUAAACCAGUUCUUGUACAACUUUGGCCAUUCUCGGAGCUUUGCUACGACGGCAGACAGCGGCGGCAGAGCCAUCAGUAGAGCGGCGGCGGCGAUGGUGGCCGCCGCUCUGUAG